ACUGGAUAUACUGAGAUACUGAGCUGUGGUCUAUACUGUGGUAAACACUUUACUUUUUCAAAGCAAUGAUUUGAUUCGAGAACUUUUGGAUUAUAAGCGGAAAUAUCUUCUGAUGUAUUCCUAAUAUAUACUUGCAAUAGUGAAAUACUCUUUAAUGACUACCACAUCAGUCUUUGAAAAUGAUGGACGGCUGUACGAUAGUAGUAAAGACAUGUCGGCGCCUGAAAUAAACACAUCCCGCCUGCAGUCGUCGCAAUCGUCUGUGUCCAGUGAAAGUGAUUUAUCCUUUUCUUUAUCUAUUGAGCGGGAAUUGGACGCACUUGUUCUAGGUGAUGAGCUUCCAGCGUUCGAAAUUCGACUUAUUUCUCCCUUGGGGCGCACACCCUCUCCGAUAGACACAAAUCCGGAAGAUUUGCAAACACCAACCAGGGCGACGCUAUUCGACGAUGAUUCUACUCCAAGUGCCUGCACAAGCUCAGAUUUUGUGACUCUGAAAGAAAUCAAUGCAAAAAUAAGUUCGCCCGUGGAUGUGGAAAAUAGCAAAACAGAUAUCAGCCUAUGCAACAGUCUUGAGACAAUAUUCGAAGGCGUUUUCUUAAAUACACCACCAAGAAAGCAGAGUAAUGUACGUAAUUUUAACUCUACGCGUGGUAACCUCAUCGAAAAAAUGAAAUGUAAUAGAAUAAACAGUGGCAAAGAAAACCAAAUACCAAGUCCUAUUGGAGUUACUUUGAUCAGUUCACCAACCACAAUUGGCCAUACACCUUCAAAGAGCCGAGUAGACGCGAAUAUGCAACGCAACCAUGUAUAAUAAAGGAUAAUUCACAGUUGCUUUAAAGUUAAUCAUCUAAAAUAAGCGGGUUUUGGUGGCGCUUUGGCUCUUAAAACGUUUUACAAUAGUUCAAUACCGGAACACGGAAUCGUUCGUUAUAGCAAAUAAAAUAAUUUGAAACUAUACUAAGCUUGUUUAAAUUUUAAGUAUUUUGAUAAGUUAAGGCUUAAUAGUUUAGAACACCGUACUGAAAAGCCUAAUGUAAGGUGAUUGUACAUAUAUACGCAUGCUGGUAUAUACCAAAUCCAUGUACAUAUAUAAAUUAAGUACCUUUUAAACAUUGUAUUUCUGUGCGGAUAGUAAUAAUCACAGAAAUUGAUACACA